GGCGGCGCCUAUAAAAGCGCCGCAGCCGGCGGGCGCCGCGCCAGUAUCGGGAGCAUUGGGGCGGGCGGAUGAGGUCCGGUGACCCGGCGGCCAAGGCAACCAUGGUGAAGGAAACCGGCUAUUACGACACUCUGGGAGUGAAACCCAAUGCCACCUCGGAUGAAAUUAAGCGUGCCUACCGCAAGUUAGCAUUGAAGUACCAUCCUGACAAGAACCCCAGCGAGGGCGAGCGGUUUAAGCUCAUUUCCCAGGCUUACGAGGUCCUGUCGGAUCCGAAGAGGAGAGAUCUCUAUGACCAGGGUGGGGAGCAAGCCAUUAAAGAAGGCAGCUUAAGUGGCGGAAAUUUCUCUUCGCCCAUGGACAUCUUCGACAUGUUCUUUGGUGGCGCUGGCCGGAUGAAUCGAGAAAGAAGAGGUAAGAAUGUUGUCCAUCAGUUGAGCAUCAUACUGGAAGACUUGUACAUGGGAGCCACCAGAAAACUAGCCCUUCAGAAGAAUGUUAUCUGUGACAAGUGCAAAGGUUACGGUGGGAAAAAGGGGGCCGUCGAAAAAUGCCCCACCUGCAAGGGCCGAGGUGUCCAGGUGUUGGUCCAGCAGAUCGGACCUGGCAUGGUGCAGCAGAUUCAGACCAUGUGUCCGGACUGCAAAGGCCAAGGAGAACGGAUCAACCCCAAGGACAGGUGUACCAACUGCAACGGCAACAAGGUGGUUAGAGAGAAAAAAAUUAUCGAAAUCCACAUCGAUAAAGGUAUGAAAGAUGGCCAGAAGCUCGUCUUUCAUGGAGAAGGCGAUCAGGAACCUGACCUAGAACCAGGAGAUGUCAUUAUCGUACUGGAUCAGAAAGAUCACUCUGUAUUUCAGAGGCGAGGCAACGACUUAGUGAUGAAAAUGAAAAUCCAGCUGACGGAGGCCUUGUGCGGCUUCAAGAAGACCAUUGAGACACUGGAUGACAGGGUCCUUUUAAUAACCUCCAAACCAGGUGAAGUGAUCAAGCACGGAGACAUCAAAUGCAUCGUAAAUGAAGGGAUGCCGAUUUAUAAGUCUCCGUUGGAAAAAGGUUCCUUGAUAAUACAGUUUCUGGUUGCCUUCCCCGAGCAUCACUGGCUUUCCAACGAUCAGCUCCCUCUCUUAGAAGCUCUGCUGCCUCCCCGGGAGGAAGUGAUGGUUUCCGAAGAGAUGGAUCAAGUCGACCUGGUAGAAUUCGAUCCCAAAGAACGAACGUACCGAAACCACAGCGAAGCCUACGAAGAGGACGAGGAAGGCCCAAGGACGGGUGUCCAGUGCCAGACCUCGUGAACCGAGAGGACUCUGGGCGCGUGGAGAGUUCGUCAGAGCGCCAGGAACCGUGGCCGGGGAGGGCUCCGUUGGUCGACUUUGGCGCGGUGAAUGGCUGUAUAUUAAGUUCUGUUUCAUAUUUAUGUGUUCGUGUUGUAAAAAAAGGAAAGAAACGGAUCCGUGUAACUUGGAACCCCAAUGUGCAGCUGUUGGAUAUUAAUAAGAUUUUUUUUUCUUACUUACACUAAAGUAACCAUCCCAAGCCUGUAGUUUUUCUGGCUGCCCGGGGGCUACGGAGAAUGUUUGCUUGGGGUUAUUAAACCAGAAGUGAGCGGGGGUUUUCUUUUUCUUUUUUUUUUUGAGAAAUGUGCCUGUAAAGGUUUCCCCAGCAGGAGUUAAAACUUCGAAAUGUUGCCACUUCACCUUAAACAAGAUUGUCUCCAUAUCCUGGAUUAUUGAAUAGGUAUUUUAUCAAAUAAAGUAUCAGGACCACUUUCUGGCGUGGACCCUGAAUGGUUGGUGGCUCUAGGUGGGAAUUGUGCCACUACUAACAGGGAAC